AUGGCCACUACCACAAACAAGCACGAGCUAAAACGUUUUCAACUUUUUAAAUCUAAACUUAAUGAUAUUUGCUUUGAACAUAUUCCUAUUUUAUCGGUUAAGAAUUACAAGCUACCGUGGUUCUCUAAGGAGCUUAAACGUUUUAAAAACCGUUGUAGUAAGUCAUACAAUAAGUAUGAAGUUUCAAAUAGUACCGAACAUUUUAAAAUCUAUAAACGCCGUUUAGCUGAUUUUAGGAAUCUAGACAAAAUUUUGCAUAAUCGUUAUAUUCGUAACUUCGAAAGUAACAUCAAAAACAACCCGAAAGCUUUCUGGGCCUAUAUUGAAUCUAAAAAAUCGAAUUCGGGUAUACCGUCCUUUGUGUUUUAUAAUGAUAAGCAAGCGAAAUCUGCGGACGAUACGGUUAACCUUUUUGCCGAAUUUUUUAGUACCAAUUUUGUAUCUGACACUGAUAGUGUGCCGUAUAGGUCGGAUUUUUCAAAUUCCCCUUUAUUCUUUGGUUCUUUGUCCAUAACAGUGGAUGAUGUUCAAAAACCGAUUAUUUCUAUUAAGCCCUCAAUGCAAACUGAUGCUGAUGGUUUAUGCCCUAUUUUGUUAAAAAAUUGCCACUCCCUAAGUAAGCCAUUAGCUUUAAUUUUUAAUAAAUCGCUCACGUCUGGGCUAUUCUUACAGGACUGGAAAAAAUCAUAUGUUACGCCAAUCUUCAAAAGUGGUAACAAGAAUGACGUUACAAACAGGGUUGUUGCGAAUAUUCGCAUUCGCAUUCGCAACUGCGGAACUUCCGCAUUAAUUUUAACAUUCGCUUUCGCUUUACCAUUCGCAAAUAUCAAUGCGGAUCUUUUGCGAAUACGAAUAUUUUGCAAGUGCACUGAGUAUAUCUGGCAAACAAAAUGAAAAAUUUUACCCAAUUUUUUUUUUCCUGUGGAGAUGCGAUGCUAGGUUGUGUAACCCUGGCGCCAUCUACAUCUCGUAAACAACCACAUUUCUUUUGGGUAAUUCUCUAGGGUGGGGUAACAACCCCUAAAAAAGGUGCG